CCACACAGAGAUGCCCAACGGAGAUUCGAUCCCGAUCUCCCGACUGUGUGGCCAACAUGCUAACCACUAGGCCACCAUGCGGCCUAAGGCUAAAUUAAUAUUUCAUUAAUUGGUUGGGUUUUUUUUAAACUGUGGACACUCCUGGCUUAAGGGAACCACAGGGAGGGCGGGCUACAGUAAAGCUACAGUCAGCAUGAUUAAUCAUAAAACUUCCAAGUGAAAUAACCAUUUAGCUAGUGAGCAGACUAAAAAGGCAAUACACCAAUUGGCUGAAUUCUUUUUGGUCAUGUGUUGACUAGUUGCUAGGCCAAGUUCAUCGGGGCUAAAUUAGGACUGCCCUGUAGAGACUUCUCAGGUAAUAAUUAUCCCCCAGGAGAAUUUUAAGGAGCUCAGGAAAUAGGAGAAUUUCCCCAUAUUUACACUCACGAGAAGAUGAUAAACAUUCAUAUUUCCAAUCAUUUGUGGUGGAGGGUGAAAUAAACAUGACAUUGUAACUAGCAACUUAAGAUGACAGCUAACAACUGUGACAGAUUCUAAAAGCAGGGAAGAAGUGGACUAAAUUACAUACACACCUUUUAGAAAAAUGUCAAUUUACAAAAUGAAAAAACUUUUGUCAGUGCAGGUACAAGGAUGUGGACUGGGUUUGUCUUGGGCCACCAAUUACUAAAUACGCCCCUGAUUAAAAGCUUGUCUGCGUUCGUUGGUUUUUAGGAGGUGUACACGCUCUGCAGCAGAGUUUUAAGGAAGAGGAGCGAGCCAGCUUUGAUCUGACAAGCGCUUUGCUUGAUGCAGAAGUAUAACAUUUUAGGUCAUCUAGUGGCCUGCUAUGCAUCCUGCAGUGUUUUCAUUCGGAUUGCUUAAUAACGUUCACUGCUUUGUAUUGAAUUGAAAAAAAGCAUAUUGGAAUAUUAGAAAACAGGAAAACAGUACCAUCUGGUGGAGCACUGACGUCCUGUCACUACCGAAGUGUCGCCAUUUCAAACCCCCAAAAGAAAAAAACAUUCGAAUUGUACAGCGUUUUAAUUUGAAGGAUCUGCGCGGAAGUGCUGUGUGUGUGUUUGCCUGUUCCUGUUCCUGUUCCUGUUCCUGUGCGUGUGCGUGUAUGUGUAUGUGUGUGUGCAGGACGCCACGUCGGCAGAAGCUAUCAGGCUGAGAGAGAAGAAGAAGAAGAGAAGAAGAAGAAGAAGAUUAUUGUUGCGUGGCGUAGCCCGCAAAGCCAACACAAGUUGGUGCAGAAGAAGAGGACAAGGUCCGUACGUUGAUGAGCUCCAGAGGCCCGGCAGGAGAGCAAAUAAGGCCGGCCACAGUGUGAGGCAUCCCGCUUGGAGCUCGUCAUUAAUUUAGAGAAGCUGCUCCAGAGUCAAGUUUCUAGUAAAGCCAGGUGUGUCUGAAGCUGAGCCACCAUGGUCAAGAAUGUGAAUAGCGUCAGUGUGGAGCCCCAGCCCGGGACCAGCAUGGCCUCGGGCCAAAUGGAACCCGCCUGCAGUCAGCCCACAGAGGAUGCAGCCAAGGACCACGUGGCGCCACAGCCUGGCAUGGUUUGGCGUGUGACCGGAGGCCUCUUCAACGUCACCAAAGGCGUAGUGGGCGCAGCCGUGGGUGGAGUGGCCUGGGUGGGCGGCAAAAGUCUGGAGAUCACCAAGUCGGCCGUGACCACGGUGCCCUCUAUGGGGGUGGGGCUGGUGAAGGGCGGCGUGUCGGCUGUUGCGGGCGGCGUCACCUCGGUGGGUUCCACGGUGGCCAACAAGGUCCCAUUCACUGCCAAGAGGAAGGACAAGGCAGAAUAAAGAUGACGAUGAUAACGACAUGACCCGCCCUGAGCCAACAAGACCGACUUCCACAAAGGGUCCGCAGUGCUCUUUCGGUCUUGAACAUCAUGUUUUGACACCAGACUUUUUCAUCAUGUUCAAUACAAACAAAAUCCAAAUACACCAGAACCAUGGCGGCCUCCUCCAACGCUCUUAAUGGACUUUAAACACCUGACUCCAGGCAGGUUACACAGACUGGAAAUCCGUAUAGAACCUGGUGGGUGUGUUGAUGAAUGGUGUGUGUUUGCAGUGCACACUGACUGCCAUAUUCUCUUCAGUCCACACAUUUGGUCAAAUGACUUUGUCUUUUUGCAAAAGUAUUGAAUGAAAUGUUUUGGUGUUCUUCAGUUUCAGCCUCCACUCUCAGUCUGACCUUUUUAUACAAAGGAAGAGCUUUUGUCAGAAUAACUGUCUUUGGAUAAAAACAAAUGUAUAGCUGCACCCUCGCAAGAAAUUCUUUUCCUGAGCGACAUUUUUGUUGAAAUAUUUUGUUGUCUGCAAUCGAUCUCAAAAUGCUGGUUAAGAGUUAAGAUAUGUUCACUUGACUGAAAAAGUGCCUGAUCAGACAUUAAUUCAUAAACUCUGCUGUGUGUUAACAUUUUAUAUGAAAUUUCAACACUGGGAGUGAGCUGUUGCUGAUGGGACUUAGCAGUGUAAAUGUCUUUUUGUGUUUGUGUUCAAAAAACAAUCAAUAAAGUAGU